UUUGGGCCGAAAUUUGGAAGAAAAAAUAAAUUCCCAAAUGGAAAAAGGCACUGAUUGAAAGCUUUACCGACAAGUAUGUGAUCAGUUCCCUACGCCAGUAAGGCGCGCUACAUUGAAUCAUUCCUCAGGCACUGCACAGCCGUUAUGUGUGGAUCAAAAAUCCCAAACGGGGUUUCGGUUUGAUUCAGAAAGGGGGCCACCAUUAAUGUCUUUUAUUGCCAUUUGCUUUGUUUCCUUCGCACACUGAAUUAUUGUUUCUUCCACCAUUCUUACAUUUUCUCCGGAAUUCAGUUAUUCUUUUUUUUCCCCUUCCUUUUUCGCGUCAUGUGAAUCGUAACUCCCAGUCAUUACUGCCAUGUCAAGACUCCUGGGAUUCACUUUUUGUCUACUUUCUGUUGAGUUUUUUUGGUGCAUAUAUAAAUUGUUCCUCUUUGGGGGGCGUUAAAUUUUUUUUGGCCCUUUCCACUUUACAGUGUUAUUAGUGGCGAUCACAAUUUUCGGCCAUUUUCUGAAGUAGCAGUGUCUGUGCCACCUUUGUGAGAAAAUUCUGUUCAAUUUCGGGGAUUGAGAUUGAGAAUUUGAUAUGGGUAUAAUCAGCACGUUUAUGGGUGUUUUUGGCUUUGGGAUUGGAAUCACCAUUGGGCUUGUGAUUGGAUAUUUUCUCUUCAUCUACGUACAACCCAGUGAUGUUAAGGUACAACAAAAUUUUUUUUCCCUGUUCUUUACACAUUCUGCAUUUUCAUGCUGUAUAAUUCAUAUUCUUCUCUGUGGGUUGAAGUUCUGAUUCCGCAAUGGAGUUACGCUAUUUGACAUUUUGGAUUUUCCUGUUGCACAUGAAGGGAUGGGAUUCCGAAGCAAUCUGUUUCUGGGUUUUUUGGUUUUGUUGAUUCCUUGGUGAACUUUCUUCUUCUGAUUAUCACUCGAGAUUGGGCAGUUGUUGGCUGUCUGGAAUAUUUGAACAAUUUGCGUAUGUGUAGAAAGAAGAAUUUAGUGAAAGUGUGCAGUAUCCUUUAUCUUGAAUUCCAAUUACCUUGAAUUGCCUGAAGAAGCUAGUAUUUUCAAUGUUCAUUUGGCGAUUGAGCAAGAGUAAUUAGGCCCUCGUGUAGAACCUAAUUUGAUAUGGAUUUCAAUGUAUAACCAUGUUGUACAGGAUCCAGAUAUUCGUCCCCUGGCUGAGCAAGAGUCUGAGAAUCUCCAAAAACUUCUCCCAGAGAUACCCCUUUGGGUCAAAAAUCCAGAUUAUGAUCGGCUUGAUUGGCUUAACAAGUUUAUUGAGAAUAUGUGGCCUUAUUUGGAUAAGGCUAUUUGCAACACUGCAAAGAAAAUAGCAGAGCCGAUCAUAGCAGAACAAAUCCCUAAGUACAAGAUCGAAUCGGUUGAGUUUCAGACACUGACAUUGGGCAGCUUGCCUCCUACAUUCCAAGGCAUGAAAGUCUACUCCACUGAAGAGAAAGAGUUGAUUAUGGAACCUGCCUUGAAAUGGGCUGGCAACCCAAACAUAAUCAUUGCUGUUAAGGCAUUUGGAUUGCGAGCCACUGUUCAGGUUCUCGACUUGCAAGUAUUUGCUUCCCCACGCAUCACACUGAAGCCACUUGUUCCAAGCUUCCCAUGUUUCGCAAAAAUUCUUGUUUCUCUCAUGGAGAAGCCCCAUGUUGAUUUUGGGUUAAAAUUGCUGGGUGCGGAUGCUAUGUCUAUACCUGGUCUGUACAGGUUUGUUCAGGAGCUUAUCAAGGAUCAGGUUGCUAAUAUGUAUUUGUGGCCAAAAACACUUGAAGUACAAGUACUGGAUCCUUCUAAAGCAAUGCAGAAACCUGUCGGUAUUCUAACCGUGAAGGUUUUGAGGGCUCUGAAGCUUAAGAAGAAAGAUCUUUUGGGUGCUUCAGAUCCUUACGUGAAGCUAAAACUCAGUGAAGACAAACUCCCGUCAAAGAAGACAACUGUGAAACAUAAGAAUUUGAACCCUGAAUGGAAUGAGGAAUUUAAUUUUGUUGUGAAGGAUCCACAAUCUCAAGUACUGGAUGUCUCUGUCUAUGAUUGGGAGCAGGUUGGUGUACAUGAUAAGAUGGGUGUAAAUGUUGUCCGGCUCAAUGAGCUUGACCCUGAUGAGCCCAAGACUUUGACGCUUGAUCUUCUGAAGAAUCUGAACCCGGAUGACCCUCAGAACGAGAAGUCUCGUGGGCAGCUCAUUCUUGAUGUUGUGUACAAACCCUUUAAAGAUGAUGAAACGCCAACUAAUAUCGAGGACUCGGGUGCAAUGCAAAAGGCUCCUGAUGGAACUCCCGAAGGUGGUGGCUUACUUGUUGUAAUUAUCCAUGAAGCACAAGAUUUGGAAGGCAAACACCACACAAAUCCAUCUGUCAAAUUGCUUUUUAGAGGAGAAGAGAAAAGAACUAAGGCAGUGAAGAAAAAUAGAGAUCCAAGAUGGGAAGAGGAGUUUCAGUUUACAUUGGAUGAACCUCCAACAGAAGACAGGAUUCAUGUUGAAGUUGUCAGUACUUCCUCAAGGAUGGGUCUACUUCAUCCCAAGGAAACUCUGGGGUAUGUGGAUAUAUAUCUGGCGGAUGUUGUCGCGAACAAGCGAAUGAACGAGAGAUACCACUUGAUUGACUCAAAGAAUGGUCGUAUUCAGAUUGAGCUGCAAUGGAGAACUUCAGCUUGAGGCAUACAUACAGUUGCAUUGGACAAAAAGACAAACUCUUUUCCUCAUGGCGGUCAGGCUAUAGUGUGUUUAUGUUAAAAGAGGAAAGCUUUUAUAGUGCAGUUCGAUGGUCCUUACCCCUUUCAAUUUCAUACUCGUGUGGUUGCACCAGUUUUUGCUCAUUGUGUGGAUAAUAGAGUGGUGAAACUCAGGUUUUUAGUUUUUACCCAAAGCAAAUUCUUUCCUAAACAGAUGCCACUGGCACUGGUACUAGAACUCCAUUUUUAUUGGACCUGCAAAGUGCAAAGUUCACACUAGUUGUAAUUGGAACUAGCCAUUCAUGAACUCGUAUAUACUAUAUUGAAAUGGAUUACUGCCCAGAAUUACAAAGGACAGGCCGAUCGGCUAUUUUGUUCAAACUUUAAUCAGUUAGUAGAUUAAGGUAUUUUCUUCUUCUUCUUUUCUUUUUUCUUUUUUUGAUGAGGAUGAGAUAAUAAUUUCGUAAGGAGACAGUUACAU